CUUCCUUCACAGAAGUAAUGCUGGCAAUCAGGACCCUCUGAAGCACCGUCCAGCGGAUUUGAUGUUGGUCUGAAGAGUGAAGUUCGAAGCGGUCGGCAUUUUGAGUGAACAAAUCUGAGCUUCACGACUAGGGACUUCUAGCAACGGGAAAAGCUCCCACUCCGAAACUACAGACUAAAACCUGAGAUCUUCCAUUUCAUCUGGUUUACAUGGAGUUCAGACCUCGCACUUAUGGUGCCUAUCAUUCUUCUCAUGUGCUUCCUCGCUUUCCCACUGAUAGCCAUCCAUUUGCGGCUCCAUCAAUUUCUGACAUCCAGGUUGAUACAGUUGACCUUGGUAACCAUGAAUUUCUUGAUCCACUGAGACGAUUGGAUGGAGAUGCAAAGGCUACUCCAUUUGAUCAUGAAAUGCCGAGUGAAGCUGCUAUUCAUCCACCAAUGAAGGAGUGGAGCUCUUUUAGAAGAUUACUACAGCAAAGGUUCCCAGUUUCCAAAAUGGUCUCUCUUUCUUCUGUUCCUGAGGUUAUGAUGAGGAGCGGAAAAUCUCUUGAGAAAUCCUCAAGUAUGCAUAUGGAGGAACUAGAUGAUCCACAGAAAUUUGCAGAUGAUGAGGUCAAGGUGAUUGCUUGGCAGGAAUAUGUUUCCCGACUGCAUGAGCUCAAAGAUGAAAUUGCUCAUUCUUGGCUUGUUGAUGAUCGUAUAACAUCCUUAAAGUUAUCUGUAAAAGUCGCUAAACUUCUAGUGGAUACAUCAAUUUUGCAGUUUUAUCCUACACUCUUUGUCCUUGUCACUGAUAUCAUGGACAUGCUUGGAGAUCUGGUCUGGCAAAGGAUAAAACAGAAGGCUAAGUUUUCCGCAGAUGGAACCUUACUUGGUAGCUUACCAGAAAACUUUAAAGCAGUUGAUAUUUGCUCUGAUGCUAAAGAAACUUGCAAUAACUGGUUUAGCAAAAUUGGUGCUGUGCGAGAGCUUCUUCCACGCAUUUACUUGGAGCUGGCAAUAUUACCUUGCUGGCGUUUUCUUCUUGAUGAGCCUCUGGACAGUCUGAAGCGCUUGGUAAUGAUGACCAGAGGGUUAGGAGAUCCAGUGGCAUUUGCUUACUGUCAUCUAUAUAUGGCUCACUGUGCCCAGAAGUUGCCUUCGCAUGAUAUAGGAUAUCUUGUUACAUGUCUUAAUGACCUCAGAGUUAUCUUGAUCCGAAUCUUAUCCCCAAAUGGAAGCAUUUAUGGAGACAAAAGAAAAUUGUUUGUCAGUCUGAUGGAACCAACCAUUGAGUAUGUUAUGAAUUGCAUAUUUAAGGGGAUGUCUCAGAUGCAAAUAAAUGAUGUUCUCCCUGAGCUUGGGUUGAGGAAGAAUCAACAGUCUUCUAGCAAUGUCACUUAUGUUUCAGUUGUUCUUCAUCAUUUAUUGAAGGAACUCCCAAUUGAAGUAAUUUUCUCAAAUACUAUAGAAAUCCUUCAUCUCAUUGAGUGUAGCGAGGAUAAAUCCUAUGAUCAGCAUAUGAAUUACAGAUUGCUUGGAUUUAGGCUGAAUGAAAGGAGAUGCCCAUGUGACAUCGCCAAAGCUGUGCUUGAUAAAGUCAUUCAGGUUGUUGAGCAGUAUGAUAGCUUACAUCAGUACCUGAAGGUUGUAGAUGCCUAUGCAGAUCUUAUUCUUCAGAAUGGAAUGGAUAAUCUUCUGGAGACCAUUUUAGAAGGCAUAUCAAGACGUGCAUAUAAAGGGGUUAUGGAAGAUGAAAUGCUAAGCCUGCAGUCUCUAUUGGUGAAGCUUCUUUCUCAUUUCAAAUGCCUGGAAGAUGUAUUUUUGCUGAAUCACUUUCCUAAAAUCUUAGAUAUAACGCACGGAAACACACGGAAUGUUGUCUUUAUGCACAUGCUUGAUAUGGCAACGAGGAAUUGUCGCAUAAUACACCCAACAACUAUACAGUUGCUUUAUGAAAUUUCUCAAACUCUACAUGAUGAUAUGGAAUUCAUGAAUGUUAAAGACGAUGAUAGCCAUGUGUCUCGGUUGAUCUCUCGCUUUGUUCACAUGGUAGAUUAUGGAGCAGACUUGGAACGCCAAUUAGCAUUUUUGGUUGAUUCUCGAGGAGCUUUCAGCAGACUAGAUGAACUUAAGGAAACUCUUGUUCACUCCAGCAACUGCUUAGCUAUUCAAGCCUUGAGAUCUAAAAAGCAUCUCAUUUUUGUCAAAUCCUGCAUAACAUUUAGUGAAAUCACAGUACCUUCCAUUUCCUCUCAGAGGAGGCAAUUUGAUCUUCUUCUAGAAACAGCAGAGGUUGCUUUACAAGGCGGCUUGUUUUCUCAUUCAGAUGAACUAAUCGACUCAGCAAUUGGCUGUUUGCAGAGUUCAGACGUAAUGGACGGAUAUCGAACCCAAACUGAUGUCGGGGGACUAGUCUCAUCAAUUACAAAGCUAUGCAGUUUAUUGGUUAUGGUUCCAGGUAAUUUGAAUCAAGGAUUCACCUAUUUCCCCAGUUACUUGUUCAGUGUGAUCAGAUCCCAAUCAUGGGUUGAACCAAAACUGAGGAUACGUACUUUUUCUGCUAUCAUUUUAUUAUUGUCGACUUUGUCACAAAGCAAACUUCCCUAUCAUGCAAAUGUGGAGGUUCCAGGCAAUGACACGUUAUACUAUGGUAAUUUAUCUUACAAACAAGAACUUGUUUCUUUGUCUAACCUUGUUCUUCAGAACUUGGUUAAUGCCAUUCAACAAGAGCCUUUGCAGGCUGCUAGAGGAAUUAUGGCGCUUGAAGCAUGCAACUCCAUCGCAUCAUCUUUCAAGUUAAGUGAUGAAGUAUCGUCUGUUUGUGUCUCACUGAUUGAAACUGCCAAGUCAUGUUUGGAUGGUCGAGACAGAUUUCUGCAGUCAACUAUUCAAUUUGUAGAAAAGCAGUUACCAGCUUCUGCGAGAGCCUUGCUGUCUUCUAUGUGAUUUGUAUUUGUUUAGGUUAGAUUUUGAUGUAGUUAACAAUAAAUUGCUUGCUCUGGUCUUUAGUUAUUUGUUUAGGUUAGAUUUUGAUGUAGUUAACAUUCAAGACGGGAGUCUGUAGCAUGGUUCUAAUAUCCAAGCAUACAUAUUGCAACUUCCAGGGAACCAUGCUAACACAUUAAAGACAAAUUAUGUGAACGUUUUACAAGCUUGGUAUACAUUAGAACUGAAGUCUGGGUAGACGAAAAAGGUUGAUGGAGC